AACCCUAAGGCAUUUCUGUGUAUAAGACCACGUUAUCACCACUGCAGCUGCGAGAACAGAGGUUGGAGGAGAAAGGAAGAUGGUGUCGUUGAAGCUACAGAAGAGGCUAGCGGCCAGCGUCCUCAAGUGUGGGAGGGGAAAGGUCUGGCUUGACCCCAAUGAAGGCAACGAGAUCUCCAUGGCCAACUCCAGGCAAAACAUCAGAAAGUUGGUCAAGGAUGGUUUCAUCAUCAGAAAACCAACCAAAAUUCACUCAAGAUCCCGUGCCCGUAGAAUGAAGGAAGCCAAGAGGAAGGGCCGUCACUCUGGAUAUGGUAAGCGCAAGGGUACCAGGGAAGCUAGGUUGCCUACAAAGGUGCUAUGGAUGAGGAGGAUGAGAGUCCUUAGGCGAUUGCUUCGCAAGUACAGGGAGUCAAAGAAGAUUGACAGGCACAUGUACCAUGACAUGUACAUGAAGGUGAAGGGUAAUGUUUUCAAGAACAAGCGUGUGCUAAUGGAAAACAUUCAUAAAACAAAGGCUGAAAAGGCCAGAGAAAAGACCUUGUCCGACCAAUUUGAGGCCAGGAGGGCAAAGAACAAAGCAAGCAGGGAAAGGAAGUUUGCUAGGAGGGAGGAGCGUUUGGCUCAGGGACCUGGAGAGAGGCCAGUACAACCUGCAGCAGCGACAGCAGCCCCCCAAGCCCAGCCAGCCCAGGGAUCUAAGAAGUCAAAGAAGUGAGGAUGAUACUCUAAAGAGCCUUGGCUCUAUAUUUACUUGUCCUUGAUAGUAUGGCAGUCUGUGAUAUCCCUUUAUUUUAUUAUUAGAGAACAACAUUAGUUACAUGAUUUUGCGAGCACCUUAAAGUUUUGAUACGUUAUUCGCAUUGUAUCUGAGCUAUUCCUAUUUCAGUUAUGCAUUAGCUUUUAUUACUAUUCUCAA